AUGGACACCGAACAAGCGCCCGGAGCUCCUGCCACGGACGCCUACGGUUUCGACACCCAGCCGGACGAGCCCACCCAGCAGACGCAGCAGGACAGCCAGAGCCAGGAACAGCCCGCUCCUGACGACCAUCUCUGGGGGUACCUCAUCCCCCACAACCCGACUCUCAUCCGCUGCGAUUUCUUCAAAAUCCAGGCGCGCUACAGGAUCGGACGGCGCGCAGUCGACAACGACCUCGUGUUUCCGGGGACGAAGAUCAGCAACAACCAUGCGAUCAUCCACUGGGACGGGACGGAGGGCGCAUCGUCCAGAGUUACAGUGACCGAUCUGUCGAGUAACGGGACCUACGUCGGAGGAGUCAAGGUCGGCAGGAAUCAGACCGCCAUCCUUAAGGACGGCGUGGAGAUCUGCUUCGGCAGCCCCCACACCCAAUCCCGUAACAAUGGGCUUGAAGACUACCGCUUCACCUUCCGCAACCUCGCUCAGAAGAAGGCUGAGAUGGGUAUUUACCAGUUCUACGACAUCGACGCGGAUAUCGGCAGUGGCUCUUUUGCCACCGUCAAGCGCGCGAUCCACCGGGCGAGUGGCACGUGGUAUGCGGUAAAGAUCAUACAGCGGAAGCACAGGCAGGACUCGCAGAACGAGGCUUUCGCCCGCGAGACCACGGUAAUGGAGCAGCUGAAGCAUCCCAACAUCGUUAUGAUGAAGGAUACGUUCUUCGAAGAGGACGGUUGCAUCAACAUCGUCAUGGAGUUGAUGGAUGGUGGCGACUUGCUGCAGUACAUCCUCGACAACGAAGGGUUGACGGAACAUCACACGCAACAGAUCGCCUACCAAAUCUCGGAUGCGCUUGCUUACAUACACGCAAUAGGGAUUGCUCACCGCGAUCUUAAGCCUGAGAACGUCCUUCUGACGAAGGUGUCAUCGCCGGACGAAGUGCCCAUCGCGAAGGUAGCCGACUUUGGUCUGGCGAAAAUCGUCUCCAGCAUGACCAUGCUCAAGACGAUGUGUGGCACUCCGAGCUACCUCGCGCCUGAGGUGGUCAAGGGAGAUGCGGAGGGCUACUCCGUACAGGUUGAUAGCUGGAGUGUCGGUGUCAUCGUAUUCUCCGCUAUCACCAACGCAAGCCCGUUCAUGGAAGAUUCGAAUGCGGAUAUCCGCACACGUAUAAUGACCAGGCAGGUUGACUGGAACUUGCUACGCGAGCCGCCCAAGCAUCCGGAUACGGGCGUCUCCCCACUCUGUCAGCGCUUCAUUAGGGACCUCCUCGUGACAGACCCGAACGAGCGUCUCGCCAUGCGCGACGCGCCGACGCAUGAGUGGUUCGACCCACGGAACGGCUUCAGGCCUCUGUACGGCUACGCGCACGACCACCUCGCCGAGGCGCCGCAGCCGAGCCAAAGCCAAAGCCAGUCGCAGGCGUCCGCGUUCGACUUUGGCAGUCAGCAAUCUGGGUUCAGCAACCAGGACUUCGCGCAGCAACAACAGCAGCCAGUAUUCAUGCACCCGCAGCAACCGCAGGCGUUCGGGCAGCAGCAAGCGGCGUUCGGGCAGCAGACAGCAGUGGCAGGGGGGCCAGGGUUCUACUACUGA